CAACCUGCUUUCACAAUGAGAAGGAUGGUGCUGCGGCCGGACAUGUAGAUGCCCAUGGCCAGCGGUAACAGAGCAACAGCACCAACAGCACCAAGGGGCAACAAGGGUGCAGGCGAAGGGAGAGAGCCUGCCCAGUGUGGACAGUCCUGGGCUUGAGGAGUCUGGGUUUGUGGUUUACUUUUUCUCCCGACAAAGACGCACACUGUCUCAACUGUGUGGCUGGUUGUUAUUAAGAAGCUGCUGUACGAGGGGAAAUGUGUUUAAUAAAAGGCCCAGUGUUUGUGGUCUUCUUGGGCUCCCUGCUGAGCUCGGGAAACCUUGAGGUGUGACCAGCUCUCAGCCUUCAAAACCAGGAUGAGCUGCCUUGAGAAGGGUGGGCGCGGGGAAAACACGCUCUCGCUCUCUCUCCUGAGCCGGGGACACGGGAGGCUGGUCCAGAACAAACAGAAGCUAGAAGUCUAUUUUGAACCAGAGGAUUACUUGAACUGGAAGUCCCCAGAAAAUUAUGUCCUGGUCAGCAAACCGCGAGAUGGGGGCAGGGCCAAGCAGCACACGUGGAGCCUGUUUCUUCCUAAAACAUUCAGCACUCGAAAGGGCGCCCUGAUCCUGUACUCAGAAGGUCUAGCGGUAUCAGCAUGGACCCCCGCAGAGAGGAGAAAAGGCCCCUACGGCCCCACAGGUCCCAGAAAGAGGCUGGAUCUUGAACUGCACACGCUUCAGGACCUCAAGGAAGCCAUCCUAGCCUACGGAAGGAGACAGAGGGCGCAGGACAGAGCCUGGCAACCGUACCUCCACUUCCGAAGCCAACCAGAGAGCCAGGCCCGCCGGCAGAUCCAGCCUGGGUACUCGGCCAAGAGAUACCUCCGCGGCCUCCUGCGGACAUGGCCCCCUGACAGCGUGUCCAGGCUCCAGAGCACAGGAUUCCUCAAGGAUUCUGUGCUGCUCCAGGACAGUCAACUUAAUGUAUCAAAGAAUCUCAGGCCACAACAGGAUCUUUCAGGGGUACCCCCAAAAUACCAUCUCCUGCCUGUCUUCCCUCCAUUUUGGAUUCAACAAGGAAAAUCUUUUGAACAAGGUCAACAGAGCCUGGAUGAAGGGGAAGCUGGGGCUGGACUCGUGGACCAAGGCUCUGUACCCGAGAACCACAGCAGCCAGGGGACUCACUUGCCGCCACUCAGGAAGCAGCCCUGGCGGGAAGAGGCAGUGCUGGCCGAGGACACAGCCGGAGAGAAUCAGCACCGUGCACAGGCUUUGAAGGAAAGCCACGAUGAAAACUGGCAGCCGACCUCCAGGAGGGCCUGUGGGCACGCCCACAUUGCCCAUUCUUGGCUCCUGAGUGACAAACCCCACAUUACGUUCUGCAGAGGCACCUUCCCCAACAGGAAGGCAGACCUCAGCGACAUACAGGGCGACAGGAAACUCCACAAGGGCAGAAGCAGCCGCUUGUUCCCGGAGCCUCCAGCUGAAAGGUGCCUUUUCCCGCCUGUAGCAUCCAGCACCGCCUCAGAAAAAAGCACGCCUGGGGAAGUGAAGACGAAAAAGGCACCAAAAGCUUUGAAAUUACCUCCUAUCUCAGAAGAACCUCCCAGGGUCCUGGACCCCCUGGGGAGUGGACUUAAAGCCCAGGAGCCCCCAGCAGAGCUCUUCAUCUUCCCCGUGGAGAUUCACUUCCACACCCAGCAACCUCCAAAAGAAAAACCCCGCAGAGGAGGAGCUCCACACCCUGAGUUAGGAGCAGAGACAGAAGAGACCAGGCCUUUCUGGAGGGCUCCCCUGAAGCGCACGUCCCUAGCAAGACCAAGGAUGUUAAGAGUGCAUCUCCCAGUGGACUCCGGCAGGGACACACUCUCGCCUCAAGAUGAUGAUGCCCCACCCCAGAAUGUGACCCCACCAUUGCCCCUGAUUAAAGGAAGAAAAAGUCCAGAGAGCCAGAGGGGCCCAGACAGUCCCAGGACAUCAGGGCACAGCAGCCCCACAGGCCCCCCAGUCAUGAGACGGCCCCGGGGGACACUCCCAGCGGAAGGACAAGAUUCCAGAGACCCCACACUGGGACACUUUUUGCUGGGUCCAGAUGGAGAAAACGUCUGCCUGUCCAUCCCAGGGCCUACCCAAACCGAGGAGCUUCUGUGUGGGGAAGCCUGUGAAUCUGUCAGUUCAAAUACUGGCCAAGAAAAGGAGAGGUCUAGAAUUCAAUGUCCCCUAAAAGCAAACACUGAAUCUGGAACCGAUCGUCACACGAAUCUUAAUGAAACCUCACCAUUGACCCAAAAGCCAGAGAAGCAGGGAGCCCAGCAGUCCUUGGAGGCAGCAGCUCAGAAGACAGGAGAGCCUCAAAGUUGUAUAAAUAAAGGGCCGAUGUGUUCAAACAGAAGAGAAUUUUACACGCGCAAACUGCACAUCGACAUGACGCCAUUCCUGAAGGAAAGUGGAGAGGAACUGGAUUCUCAGGAAGAACCAGGAGGACCCCUCAGAGAAGAUUAUCAAGACACCCAAGAUGCAGAGCUGAGGCGCAUGACCCUUGAACCUCUUAAUGCUUCCAUGGCUGAGCACAUCCAGACCCCUGAGGCAGACGCUGUCCACAAGGUGGGCAGAGAUUAUGAUGUACACCAUCUGCACAGAAGACUUCCAGGACACGGGCCUGAGUCCUCAGAGAAGCUGGGUCCUGUAGAUACAUCUCUUCUUCCAAAAGAAAGAGAAUGGAAGACUGAAGCCAGACUGUUCAGCCAGCACACACCAGCCAACAUCAGUCAUGAGAUGGAGUUGAUUGACAAAGCUAAGAGAAAGAAAAGAACCAAGAUGGACAAGUCCAAGGCACCCAAAAGGGAGAGAGAAGGAAAGGUUCGCAGGGAAGCAGAGGCUGCCGUUGGGAAGUCAAAGAAAUCAAAGGCUAGAAAGAAACCCGAGCUAACCGCCAAAGCAAAAAAACCAGGAAGCAAAAGGAAAAGGCCACAGAAGGAAAGGAGUCUGGAGACGGAGCUGAGUGGGCCUGAUGCCAUUAACUCCGAGGAAACAGAAGACACAUCAGAUAGAGGUUUCUCUCCUUCAGGCUCCCUUGUAGGGGACCCUUGGCUUUCUCCCGGAUAUGAUGCUCCGGAGAGCCAAGUUUCAAUAGAUAGAAGAUCAUCGCCCACUCAGACUGUAGCUGUCACUGGAAACAUGGAAUCUGAAGAAGAGAGAAGCCUCGAGGACCCUUCCAAGGACCUCCUCGCUAAGAAGGAGCAGGAGAGAGCUCUCCGGGACAGGCUGCGGGCUGAGAGGGCCGAGAUGAGACGGCUGGAGGUGGAGAGGAAGAGGAGGGAGCAGGAGGAGCAGAGGCGGCUCCAGCAGGCGCAGCUGGAGAGGGCAGAGAGGAUGAAGGAAGAGCUGGAGCUGGAGCAGCGAAGGCGUGCGGAGGAGAUCCGUUUGAGGAAACAGAGACUCGAAGAAGAGCAGCGGCGGCAGGCGGAGCAGGAGAGAAAGCAGCGGCUCCAGUUGCAGGUGGCCCAGGAGAGAGCCCGGCAGCAACAGGAGGAGUUCCGGAGGAAACUGCAAGAACUACAGAGGAAGAAGCAGCAGGAGGAAGCCGAGAGGGCUGAGGCGGAGAAGCAAAGGCAGAAGGAAUUGGAAAUGCAGUUAGCAGAAGAACAGAAACGCCUGAUGGAAAUGGCUGAAGAAGAGCGGCGGGAGUACCAGCAGCGGAAACAGGAAGCAGAAGAGAAGGCUCGGCUGGAAGCAGAGGAAAGAAGGCAAAAGGAAGAGGAAGCGGCAAGGCUGGCUCUGGAGGAAGCCAUGAAACAAGGCCAGGAGCAAGCCAGGCAAAAAGCUGCUUUGAGGCAACAUCUUCACUUCCACCGAGACCUCCAUAAGGAAGCCAGCGGCCUGCAGUGGACACACAACAUUUCCAGACCAUGGGUCUACUCUUACUUUCAGUUCCUGCAAAUGCCCAGACCUUAAGGCUAGAAGAAAACUAAAAAAAAAAAGAACACUGGGGGCAUGGUGUCACACAGAAACCCAGGUGCUGCCCUCCAUGAGGUAAGGACCGUGACUCUCGAUUCUGGCGUGCAGCUGGGCUGGGAGGCACUGUGCUAGGCGGACUGAAAACAAAACUAGUACUGUUUCCACUGAACUCCGAUACACCACAGAACAAAUGGAAAACACAAUUUUAAAGGAAAGUCUAAGGUCAAUAAUCUCCUUUAAUGAGAAAAGUUUUGUACUUUAUAGGUGACAUUUUUGUGAAUUACAAAAUAUGAAAAUCAAAAUAUGCUAAGAAAUCUGAAAGUAAAGCACAGACUUAUGUUGAUUUAAAGUGAUUAGAUUGGCUCUAGUGUUAUGGAUCUCUUGGUUGUGGUACAUAUAUGAGUAUUAAAAUAACUACUAACUAAAGAUGCUAUUAAAACUUAAUCUUAAGUGCACACAUAGCUUAGUAAAUACUGCAAGGACUAAAAUUCCAAAAUUACAAGGAACCUUGAAAUCAGGAAGGUAGCGUGUGUCCUUAAACUAUCAGUUUCAAGCAGCACAUGAGUAGGGAUGAGUGAACACUCCCCAAAAACCUGCGCUCUCCCACUGCCCCAUCACCCCUGUGAAAAGAUCAUCUCUUAGUGACAGUGAGGAGGGGCCGCAAAAUGCACUCAGUGUCCACUGUGCUGCAGCGAGCGCACACGCCAGGACGGGGAAAACACCACAUGGGUCUGGAACAGCAUACCGUGCCAAAAAGUAAGGAAAUACUCAGGAAGGUGGGUGGCUACUAAACUUAGGGGACAAGUUUGAUGAGAAAAAGGAUAUUCACAUAGUUUCAAAGUAUGUCCCCACAAAUUACUCAAUUACAAAAGAAAAAAAUAACACAGUAAAAAAAAAAAAAA